AUGCUAUCCGGUUCCAUUCCUAAUGCUUUUACAAAUUUGCCUCGCGGAAUUGAUAUUGACCUGUCUUACAAUGAGCUCACAGGUGCAGUUCCUCAAAGCCCCAACUUUGUGAAUGCGUCCAUACAAGGCAAUCCAGGUUUUGAUGGAAAAAUAGUGUAUGAUGAUAUCUUGAAAGCAACAAAUGAUUUCGAUGAAGCAUAUUGCAUUGGGGUUGGAGGAUAUGGGACCGUGUACAAAGCCGAGCUACAACCUAAAAAUGUUGUAGCUGUCAAGAAACUUCACUUAUCAUCUGAGAAUGUUGAUAAUAAUGGAUUCCUUAAUGAGCCUUGGAUCAAUGUUAAAAAGCCAUGUGUUAGCAAAAGAAUUGGAUUGGUUAAAAAGGACAUUUCCAUUGCCAACAUUCUUCUUGAUUCUGAUUAUGAGGCACGAAUUUCUGAUUUUGGGACAUCCAAGCUUUUAAAGCUAGACUCAUCCAAUUGGACUGCAAUUGCUGGAACAUACGGUUAUAUCGCGCCGGAGCUUGCUUAUACGAUGGUGGCAACAGAGAAAUGUGAUGUGUAUAGCUUUGGAGUUGUUGCACUAGAAGUGGUCAUGGGAAAGCAUCCUGGAGAACUCAUAACAUCUUUACCAACAUUAUCUGAUGAUCAUCUGGUGAAAGCAAAUCUGAGAGAUAGUCGGAUACCUCCUCCCUCACAAGUUGAGGAACAAGUUGCAUUGGUGCUUAGACUCUCAAGAGCAUGUUUGAACUCCAAUCCACUAGAAAGGCCAACGAUGCUCCAAGUUUCAAAUCUGUUGAUGAAGCCCUGAUACAGAGUACUUCUAAUGUCCUUUAUUUUUUGUAGUUUCCUAUGAUGCACCAUGAUAAUAUUUGUGCAAUUAAAUGCC